AUAUAUUUCAUUUCUCCUAGAUUUCUCCUUUCCUCUGAAAUUCUCCCCUUUCUUUCAAUUUCUCUUCUCUCGCACAGAAGUGGAAAGUGGGACGUAAAAAAAUCAAAUCUUUGUCCUCUGUUCUUCGCUGCUUCCGUUGGGUAUUCUUCCCCAACCCCAGAAAGAAGAAGUGUGCUGAACUACUUCGAGCAAUCCUGCGAAAGUUUCAAGUUUUUUCUGUAUUCGAGCUUCAAUUCAAGGCUUUAAUGGCGGCCUCCCUUCCUUCGGUACUUCCCCACGUUGUUCUCCCUCCCUUCACAGACCGGACCAGACCGGCCGGCCCCUCCAACCCUCUAAUUCACCGCUCUUACUUCCCUCCCACCACCGGUUUGUCCAGCCACAAGACCUUCCUCCGCGCCGGUUCCCUCUGCGUGGCUCGGUUCGGGUUCAGGCCGGGUUUGUUCCCCGACCCGGACGAGAGCGUGGUCCGACAUCUGUUCGACAAAGUCGAGAGCGUCAUCUACACGAUUGCUGACGCCGCCGUGACGGCGAAUCUUGACGCCGUCGAUUCGACUACUACGGCUGCUAAGCAGAAUAGCGAUUGGCUUUCUGGGAUUACGGGUUACUUGGAAAGUGUUCUUAAGGUUUUGAAGGAUGUGUUAUCGGCUUUGCACGUUCCUUAUUCCUAUGGUUUUGCUAUCAUACUCUUGACCAUUCUUGUCAAGGCUGCCACUUUCCCUUUGACUAGGAAGCAGGUUUGUGAGUUUGGAGUUACCCUUUUCGUGGAAUCUGGUAUGGCUAUGAGGUCAUUGCAGCCACAAGUGAAGGCUGUUCAGGAGAGGUAUGCUGGAGAUCAGGAGAAGAUCCAGCUUGAAACUGCGAGAUUGUAUAAGCUUGCUGGAGUAAACCCUCUUGCAGGAUGCUUGCCUACUCUGGUAACAAUUCCCAUAUGGAUUGGACUGUACAGAGCCCUUUCAAAUGUUGCAGAUGAGGGACUGCUGACUGAAGGGUUCUUUUGGAUACCUACCCUCUCUGGUCCAACUUCGAUUGCAGCUCGGCAAAGUGGCAGUGGCAUCUCUUGGCUUUUCCCUUUUGUCGAUGGACAUCCACCCCUCGGGUGGCCGGACACCUUAGCUUACCUCGUCUUGCCUUUGUUGCUGAUUGCUACUCAAUACAUUUCCAUAGAAAUCAUGCAAUCAUCACAGAGUAAUAAUGACCCAAAUGCGAAGAGUUCUCAAGUAGUUACCAAACUGCUUCCUUUGAUGAUUGGCUAUUUCUCGCUCUCGGUUCCUUCCGGUUUAAGCCUCUAUUGGUUUACAAAUAACAUAUUGAGCACAUUACAAACGGUUUGGCUUCAAAAGUUAGGGGGCGCCAAAAAUCCUGUGAAGCAACUGAAUGAUGAUUUGAUAAAGAGAAUCGAGGUCCAGACUGAGAAGCCUCCAUUGGAUGUCAACUCCAUGAAAGCCACAGCUGAGCUUACCCCCACUAAAGCCACAACCACAAAGGAAGAGAAGAAACCGGAAGGACCACGUCCUGGUGAAAGAUUUAGGCAAUUAAAAGAGGAGGAAGCUAGGAGAAAGAAACAAAGAGAGGAAGAGAAGCGGAUAGCUGAAGAAGCGUCCCUUGAAGCUAGUCAAAUGGCUGGGAAAGAGAAGGUCCUAGGAGAAGAUGCAACCCAAAACGGGACAACAACAAGUGGUGCUGAAAAUCUUGAUCAUCCCUCGACUGUUGCUGCUGUAAAUGGUGGUUUGCCGAGCCAGGAAGUGAAGAAAGAUGAAGAUCCAGCUGGUCUAGUUGAUGCAGAGCAUGAUUUAGCUUCUGCUAAUGGCAAUCUUAGCAGACAGGAAGAAGAGCAGGACACAAUCAAAUCACACGGCAAGGUUACUACAAGUCCAAGCAAGAGAAGUUCUGAAGAAGAAUAGAGAAAAGAGUGAUUAUCAUGCCACUUGCUUCUGCAAGAUUGACGGCAUUGUCAUAUAUUACCACCAGCUAGGGCCAUGCUGGUCACUCUGCCGUCUAUCUCUACACCGAAACUGUAGCUUGUGAACUGGCGAAGUACGCUGCAGAUACAAGGUUGAGCACUGGGAUAAUUGAUAUUCGGGUUGGUUCCAGGAACUAUAGCAGGAAUUGUGAAGCCAAAUUCCGUUGUAUAGGUAGAAAAUGUAUCGGCCACAAAAUGAGAGAUCUCGGCAGGAAUUCUUGUCCGGUUUUGGUAGACUGUUGAGAGUUUUAAUACGUGUUCUUACUUCUUAAUCGUGAAUGGAAUGAUACAGGGCAACAUUCUUCUGUGGGGCUAAAAGAUACUUAUUAGAAGUUACUUAGUUGAAUAAAGCUUUGAUUAAAUUGAGUUCCA